GGGACCGAAGGUUUGCUCGUCGUCCACCACCGCCCCCAUCCUCAAGACUAGGCGACAUGGGUAUCUCUCGUUCAUCCCGGCACAAGCGCUCCGAAACUGGUGCUCAACGCGCCCACUACCGCAAGAAGCGAAAGUUCGAGCUCGGUCGCCAGCCCGCCAACACCAAGCUUGGUCCUAAGCGAAUCCACACCGUCCGUGGCCGAGGAGGAAACUUGAAGUACCGUGCCCUUCGUCUCGAGACUGGCAACUUCGCAUGGGGCUCUGAGAGCAUCACCCGCAAGACCAGGCUUAUCGGUGUCGUCUACAACUCAUCGAACAACGAACUUGUCCGAACCAACACCCUCGUCAAGGGCUGCAUCAUCCAGAUCGAUGCCACUCCUUUCCGACAGUGGUAUGAGGCCCACUACGCCCAACCCGUCACGAAAAAGGGCAAGUCGACUAUCCCCACCGAUGCUGAGCCCAAAAAACUCUCCAACCACGCCCAGCGCAAAUUGGAUGAGAGGAAGAAAGACGCCAAAAUCGAUCCUCUUCUCGAAACCCAAUUCGGUGCCGGUCGUCUCUAUGCCGCCAUCACCUCCCGACCUGGCCAGUCUGGCCGUGCUGAUGGCUACAUUCUUGAGGGCAAGGAACUCGAGUUCUACCUCAGGAAGCUCAGGACAACGAAGCAGAAGUAAACAUCUUACUUGUAGCUACCCUCGCUUUCAAUACGAUCACCCAUGACUCGCACACACACCACCAGUUGUCACUGAGGCAACCCACCGCAUUAGCCUGGGAUGUAUGCUGCCACAUUAUGCCUCUUGCCCUAUGCCAUCCCCGUAUGACGCCUUGUACCCAGCAUGUCUCAAUCCAAAACAUUUUCUGCAACCGAAAA